AUGAGUCCGGGAAGGAAAACCGGGGAGCCUUCGGAGCUGCGGAAGAGCCUGAAGCCCCUGAUGGAGAAGCGCCGCCGAGCGCGCAUCAACUGCAGCCUUGGCCAGCUCAAGACGCUCAUCCUUCCCCUGGUGGGCAAAGACAAUUCCUGCUAUUCAAAGCUGGAGAAAGCCGACAUUUUGGAGAUGACGGUUCAGUUCCUCAAGGACCUGCCGACGUCUUGCGGCACGCUUCCCGGAUCGGUGGAUGGCUACUGCGAAGGCUACCACACCUGCCUGUCUCACUUUGCGACGCUGAUCCCGAAGUACAACCUGCUGAGCCCGGAGGCUUGCAACCAGCUCUUGGCUCGCCUCCAGCAGACGUUCAAGGACUGUGCUUGGCAUCACAACCGCACAAACGUGGCAAAGGACUUGGCAUCAACGCCGCGGGCAGAGACGCCCCUGGGCCCCCCUGCUGGCCAACGGGACCAGGAAGACUUUUGGGGGUCUUCCCCGCCCGCCCAGCCUCCCCCCCUGUGGAGACCCUGGUAA